AUGGACACUUCUCACACUGAUAAAGUUCCUCCAGACGUCUCUAUGACCCCUGUCAUCUAUGACCCGUCUGUGUCUCCAGCUGCCAUAUAUGACCCGUCUGUGUCCCCAGCUGUCAUCUAUGACCCGUCUGUGUCCCCAGCUGUCAUCUAUGACCCGUCUGUGUCCCCAGCUGCCAUCUAUGACCCCUCGUCUGUGUACCCAGCUGCCAUCAAUGACUCGUCUGUGUCUCCAGCUGCCAUCUAUGACCCGUCUGUGUCCCCAGCUGUCAUCUAUGACCCGUCUGUGUCCCCAGCUGCCAUCUAUGACUCGUCUGUGUCUCCAGCUGCCAUCAAUGACCCGUCUGUGUCUCCAGCUGUCAUCUAUGACCCGUCUGUGUCUCCAGCUGCCAUCUAUGACCCGUCUGUGUCCCCAGCUGCCAUCUAUGACCCGUCUGUGUCCCCAGCUGCCAUCUAUGACCCGUCUGUGUCUCCAGCUGCCAUCUAUGUCCCGUCUGUGUCCCCAGCUGCCAUCUAUGACCCGUCUGUGUCUCCAGCUGCCAUCUAUGACCCGUCCGUGUCUCCAGCUGCCAUCUAUGACUCGUCUGUGUCCCCAGCUGCCAUCUAUGACUCGUCUGUGUCUUCAGCUGCCAUCUAUGACCC